ACAAACACACACUGGCUUUCCACGGAGGGAACGUACUGCAGGGACAGACGGUGGAUUGCUGACCAUUAGUGAAGAUGGCUUAAUGUUGACAUGGCAACAGGAAGGAAAGGUUCCACGUCUAAAGGUGGAGGCGUACAUUUUUCUGAUGAGCCAGACGUCGAGGUUCUCAGCGAGAGCGGAGAAGAUCUGCAGCAGGAGAAGAUCAUCGGCGCUGUGGCCGAGCCGGACGGAGCUUACCUGGUCAAGGCGGGAUUCCUAAAAAUCCAACACAAGUACGAGAUCGUCUUCCUCCUCCCUCACAUCCCUACUGUGGGGAAAGACGCCCCUCUGUCUCCGGCUCUCCGGACCACGCCCAAACCACGACUGCGCGCCACCUGCAUCCUACCUCGUCCUGAAGGAGGGGUGAAGGUGGUGUGUGAGUACAGCGCUCAGCAGGAGGGGGUCGUACAGGAGGAACUGACCCUGGUUAACAGAAGCAGGAGAGACAGCAGCGUUAAAGUCCGACUCCACGCCAGAGUCAUGGACCGCCACCACGGAACACCAAUGUUAUUGGAAGGGGUUCGAUGUUUGGGCACAGAGAAGGAAGUCGCAUCAAAUACCAACAACAGAAAGAAGAUCUGACCACAAUCACACGAUGCUCGGUGAUCUCGCGGACUGAACCGAGACCGUCCUUCAUGUUUGUUUCACACCAUCACAGAGGCGAGUGCUUUUGUAUGGUGCUCGUAUUUAAAUCUGAUGCACUGUUGAGUGAGCAGCCUCCACUAUACCGUAUGUAUGCACCCCACUUCCCAAUUUACCUCCCAGUCUGGUCGUAUCCAUUUACUCGAUUGUAUUUCGCUUCCUCUACUGCUGCAGACCUUCACUCCUGACCGAGGAGGGCCGUGACUACUAACACACACCCACUCCGACACAAGUCAAGUCAAGCCAAAUUUAUUAGUAUAGCACUUUUUACUCUAGACAUUAUUUAAAAGCACCUUUACAGAAUCCAGGACAGACGGACAAAAAACCCAUGUUGAGCAAGCCAAGGGCGCACUGACAGAUAAAUAUCUGCACUGA